AAAGCAAAGAUGAGCAUCACUCAAGCUGAGAAGACCAUGAUUGACAUGAUCUUACUUUUUUAUAAAUAUACUGGGAAUGAUGACAAGAUUGACAAGCCUGGCCUGCUGAAGAUGAUGAAGGAGAAUUUCCCCAACUUCCUCAGUGCCUGUGAGAAAAGGGGCACAAAUUACUUGGCCAACAUCUUUGAGAAAAAGGACAAGAAUCAUGAUAAGAAGAUUGAGUUUUCUGAGUUUCUGUCCAUUCUGGGAGAAAUAGCUACAGACUACCACAAACAGAGCCAUGGUGCAGAACCCUGUUCUGGGGAAAGCCAGUGA